AUGAAUAGUUUGGAGUUUGAGUCAAUUAUAAGCAAGAAGUAUAAUAUUAAGAACAAGGAAAGUCUUGAAUUCAAGGAAAAAUUAAGAAAUCUCAUUGAUGGUUAUAGAUAGCAAAAAUUUUAGAAAAACAAAAAUGAUUAGCAAAAAGAUGCAGAUAUAAAAAGACUUAUUCUUCAAUUGAGAAGCAAUGAUAUAUAAAAACCAUAGGAAUAUGACACUUAAAAAAGAAGAAGAAGUAAAUAGCAACAGUUUUAUUCAUUCAGAGAUGAUCCAGAUGUUACUGGAUCUCUUGAUAGACUACAUGAUCAGAGCAAGAGAGGACACUCAGCUAAGAAGAAAUAUUAAAAGAAAUAAUAGGAAAAGUAUUGGUGA